AAGCUCAAUCCCGCUCGCGAGCUUGAAACCUCCGUUAGAACAUCCGCGAUCGUUAAAGGUAAGGUAAGAGUUCCGAGGACCCGGAGAGCGCUUCAUUGUGUGGGCUGCCACAUAGAGACACAGCUGACGGAGAAGGACGAGCCGGCGCGCGUCGCGUGCUUCUAAUAACCUUCUAUAAAUUCGUAUUAUCUAAACUCCCUCGGACCCUACCAAUAGGCCGCCUCUGAUCGCCUAUCCGGCACUCUUCCGACGUCCUUGCCGGGUCGCGCGGCAGCGGCGGCCGCGCGGGAAGCGCAUAAAAGCUGCAAGCAACCCGGGCCGCGCGAACACACCGGCAGGUAACCUGCGCACCUGCGAACGAGUCAAAGCGAUUGCGUAGACCGGAACGUGGCCGCGCACCAGUGAGAAUCGAGAUCCCGCCUUGUCCGGAUCCGCUAUCAAGGCGGCAAAACUUCGCGAGCGAGAAAAUAAAAGAAAGCCAAAGAGAAAGAGAGAAGGAAGGGAGGAACUUCGAUGUAUCGAAAGCACGGAUGACUCUCAAUGCGAUUGGAGUCGAAGUAACGUAAUCGCCGGCGAUGUCGUCCCUGCCGAGCACGAUCGUAAGGUAACUGGGACGCUCAAUGGACGGAAACGGUGUUGCACAAUUGGAAGCUUUCGGCUGUUUCGCAGAUAUGUUCAGGAUCCGACAAACGUAGAUGGGAUUUACGCGCGCUUCACAUUUGAAAUUCGACCCUUCACACCGAACUGUCGGAUGUGAUACACCUGCACGACGCGGCUCUCGACACGCAGGCGUGUCGCCAACGUGUCAACAAAAACACGUCGUGUUUGACACACCUUCGGCAAAUUAAUGCAUGUCGCAUGCCGAUACUCGUCUGAAGUGUAAUGUGACAUCGGCGCAAGCCAACUGGAGGCUCGCGAUUUAUCGUAUAUCAAGGUAGUACGAUGCUUCGGCAUGGCAGUGAAGUGCGUGGAAGGCCCUUUUGUCUUCAGGCUAAAUGAGAACAGCACCGGGCCGCUUCUACUUGUACAGGUUUGCACGGAACGCGGAUGGCGGGAGUACGCCGGCGAAAAUAAUGUAUUCAAAGAUCGAUGGAACUUAUGGUGGCGGUCCGGCGGUUUCCCCACGUCGCAUUACAGGCCAUUACUCCCCUGGCAGUUUGUCAAUCGGAUACCGAAAGGAAAUUCCAUCUGCCGGAAGGAUAAACUGAUACGCCACUUGAAGUGCAUGAAGAAAGUCCACGGUUCGAUCUAUGACUUCAGUCCCGCGGGAUACAACUUGCCCUCCGAAUACACGAAAUUGGCCGAAGAAUGUAGUCGUUGCGAAAAGGACGAUAAGAUUUGGAUCUGCAAGCCGGUCGGCCAGAGUCAAGGGAGAGGGAUUUUCUUGUUUCGUAAAUUAAGCGAUCUGUCGUAUGAUAACGCCGCGGUUGUGCAAAGAUAUAUUGAAAAUCCUCUGCUGAUCGGCGGUUACAAAUUCGAUCUUCGCCUGUACGUGUGCGUGCCGUCGUAUCGCCCGUUGACGAUCUACCUGUACAAAGAAGGCCUGGCACGUUUCGCCACCGAGAAGUUCUCCCUGGAACGUUUGGACGACCCUUUCCGACACCUCACGAAUUUUUCCCUGAACAAACUGGGACCAGGAUACUCGGAGAAGAAAGAACGCAUCGGUGCCGGUUGCAAAUGGACGUUUCGACAGCUGAGAAGAUACUUCGAGCAGUCGGGAUAUUUCGACUGGAUUCUUUGGCAGAGAAUCUCGUGUCUGGUGACGCUAACGAUACUAAGUCAAGUGGCGAGCAUUCCCAGAUCCUCGAAUUGUUUCGAAUUCUUCGGCUUCGAUGUAUUAAUCGACGAAGAUCUGAAGCCGUGGCUCUUAGAAGUGAAUCUGAGUCCAGCUUUGAGCAACGAUUGCGAAGUCGAUUCAGAGGUGAAGAAGCCUCUACUGCACGAUCUAUUUGAUCUAUUAGGUCUUCCAGUGUGUAACACCGGACUAUCCCUAUUCACAAUCUGGUCCUCCGGAGAUCAUCGCAUCGAGGACGAGGACGAAGUGUCUUUCAAAUUCGGCCGCUCCACGAAAAAAAAGUCGAAACGGGAGACCGACGCUUUUCUAAAUCUCUCCCCGGAGACCCGAGCCACGCUGAGACAAUCAACGCCGGAAGUUUACCCAACUGCCUGGUCUCGUUACAAUCCGCUGUUGAUGGACAAGUGCAUACGCCGUGGAUUUAAGGGAAGUACGAUCGAAGAUCACGCAUCGUCACCAAUCUGGGACAACGGUAAAGACUGGAGAGCGCCCUGCGUACGGGAGGGUGGGUGGAUUCGUAUAUGUCCGUUCACUCGAUCGAAACAUGUCAAAAGUACGGAAUACGCGCCGAGACCAUCGCCCAGGACGAUCGAAAAUGAAAUCAAGAAUAUGGUCCUUUGUAUACGAAAAUACUUAAAAGCCGCGAAGAAAGUACAACAAAGGAAUGAAAAGUUAAAGGACGAACAGUACAACAACCUUCUGCAAAAUGCGCUUGACCUGAACACAGAAGUUUGGCUGCCAGAAAAGUGAAUGUCAAGAAGUCUGCAUUUUUUCCUUCCCCUUUAUUUUAAUUCCGUAAUUUCCGGAUUUACUCGUUGUUUAUCAUGCUUGUCCGUCAUACGACACUGUUUUAAGAAAUACUUCAAAUAAUUACGUACAAUGUAUAAUGUAAUACAUUGCGUCUCUUUGUUGCAAUAUUUGUUGUAUUUUAUACGAGUUACCUCAAUGGCAAUCUUACUCGAAUCCUUGCUUUUCAAUAAUCCAAUUCAACGGCAGAUGCCUCUUUUAUUUUCAAGUUUCUUCAUUUGACAGCAAAGCGGAAGAUUUAUCUUCAAACUGUACCGAAAUUUUGGAUGACGCAUAAAAACUUUAAGGAUCACUUUUUUCGAUCAUGGAAAAAAAUCACUUUAUCCUCGAUAAAACGAUUGUACGACUUAAUAGCAGUGAAAGGAGCACGUGAAAGGAGCUUCUUCAAGUGAUGGGUUUAAUGACAAAGAUCUUUAGUUUUUAAUUAGAACACGCUAUAUUCACAUUUAGCAUUGAAUACA